GUUCUCUGCUUUUGUCUCUCCAACAAAAGGAUAGAAAAAAUAAAAAAAAGAGAGAAAGUUGCAGAAAACAAUCUCUCUGUUCUUUGAGCUUUCCCUUUGAGCUCACCACACGAGCGGCUCCUCGAUUUGUCAUUUCACUUUUUCUCUUUUCCUUCUUCUUCUUCUUCUUUCAAUUUCCACAGAUCGUUUUCUCAGAUUUUGACCCUUUUUGUUCUUCUUCCUCUUAAAGUAGGAGAACAUCACAAAACUGGGUUUUUUCUUCUUUCUGAAUUCUGAAGAGAUUCUUCACGGAUUUGAUUUGUCUAAACUAGGAAAAGUCUCGAUUUUUAUAUAAAUCUAGCUAAUUAUAGAAGACGCGGUUUAGGGUUUAUGGUUUGACUGGAAAAGAAGAAAUACUGAAAUGGGCUGUGAGGUUUCGAAGCUAUGUGCAUUUUGUUGUGUAUCAGAACCUGAAGGAUCCAAUCAUGGAGUCUCUGGGUUAGAUGAGGAUAGGAGAGGUGAAGGGAAUGAUUUGCCUCAGUUUCGUGAAUUCUCAAUUGAGACGUUGAGGAACGCUACAUCAGGAUUUGCUGCAGAGAAUAUAGUUUCAGAGCAUGGUGAAAAAGCUCCUAAUGUUGUGUAUAAAGGGAAAUUGGAUAAUCAAAGACGUAUUGCUGUUAAAAGGUUUAAUAGGAAAGCUUGGCCUGAUUCUCGUCAGUUUCUGGAGGAAGCUAAAGCUGUUGGUCAAUUAAGGAACUAUAGAAUGGCAAACCUUCUUGGAUGUUGUUAUGAAGGUGAAGAGAGACUUCUUGUUGCUGAGUUUAUGCCUAAUGAAACUUUGGCCAAGCAUCUUUUCCAUUGGGAGACACAACCGAUGAAGUGGGCAAUGCGACUAAGAGUAGCUUUACAUAUUGCUCAAGCUUUAGAAUAUUGUACUGGCAAAGGACGUGCACUCUACCAUGACUUAAAUGCUUAUAGAGUUCUCUUUGAUGAUGACUCGAAUCCAAGACUUUCGUGCUUCGGUCUGAUGAAAAAUAGUAGAGACGGAAAGAGUUACAGUACCAAUCUGGCGUUCACUCCUCCUGAGUAUCUCAGAACAGGUCGGGUGACACCAGAAAGUGUGAUGUACAGUUAUGGAACUCUGUUACUUGAUCUUCUUAGUGGAAAACACAUUCCUCCAAGCCAUGCGCUGGACCUCAUACGGGACAGGAACAUUCAAAUGUUGAUCGAUUCAUGCUUGGAGGGUCAAUUUUCAAGUGACGACGGGACUGAACUAAUACGGUUAGCUUCUAGAUGCUUGCAGUAUGAGCCCCGAGAGCGACCUAACCCGAAGUCUCUAGUUACUGCAAUGAUCCCUCUACAGAAGGAUCUUGAGACUCCUUCUCAUGAACUGAUGGGCAUACCAAGCAGCGCCUCAACCACACCCCUUUCACCACUUGGAGAAGCAUGCCUAAGAACAGAUCUAACUGCCAUACAUGAGAUUCUGGAAAAGCUUAGCUAUAAAGAUGAUGAGGGUGCAGCCACAGAGCUUUCGUUCCAGAUGUGGACCAAUCAGAUGCAAGACUCACUGAACUUCAAGAAAAAGGGCGAUGUUGCUUUCCGGCAUAAAGACUUUGCAAAUGCCAUUGAUUGCUAUUCCCAGUUCAUUGAGGGAGGGACAAUGGUUUCCCCUACUGUUUAUGCGAGAAGAAGUCUGUGUUACCUAAUGAAUGAGCAGCCCCAGGAGGCGCUGAAUGAUGCAAUGCAAGCGCAAGUGAUAUCUCCUGCUUGGCAUAUCGCAUCGUAUCUUCAGUCUGUAGCUCUGUCAGCUCUAGGACAAGAGAAUGAAGCACAUGCUGCUCUUAAAGACGGAUCAAUGCUCGAAAGCAAAAGAAACACACUAUGAUGAUGAUGAUGAUAACAGAAAACACGAAGAGGAAUAGAGAGAGGAAAAUACAAGAUAUCUCCUUACAUUAACCGAAACUCCCUACAGGCUUUGCAGAAUAAGAUCAAAACUCACCAUCCUCCCAAGUAGAAGCUACAACGCAGUUCUCAUAUCGUGUGCAUUAUCAUCAUCAUCACUGGUUAGUUUCUUUUUUUCGUCUCAUACCCCUUUUCUUUUCUUUUCUUUUUUCAAAUACUAGAAGCAUUCAUUUGGUUUACUACCUUGAAUUGGACUCCUUUUCCUGUUUUUGGUUACUGGCAUGAACAUUUCCCUGUUAUACAGAAGAAAAAGUUACUUACUUUGAUGGAGAUUUAAUGGGGAAAAAACCCUGGAAAUGGUGUGAUUGUGGAUUUGCUUUGAUGGGUUCCAUGAUUUGUAAUCUAUGUUUUAUAAUAUGUAAUGUAAAGAAGAGAGCAUUUUUGGGGUUUUUAAUGAUCUUUUUGAGAUUUGCAUUUCUGGAA